CUGAUAAUCGUGGUGGUCCGAGGAGGAAUCGCCUGAGUUGCGGAUGAGGGCGCAGAUAACACAUAAGACUUUUUCGUUGCUGCAGCGUCUAUCUACGGUAGUUUAUUGUUUUUGCCAUUUGAUAUAGGAGUGAUCGGGGCAAUAUGGGCCACCUAAGGAAAUCGUUCCGAAAAGCGCUGAAAAGCUCAACAAAUCAUCAUCAGUUGGAAGAUGUGCAGAAGCGCAUAUCGACGUCAUCGUCGCACGCAAUCUUCCUCGGCCUGCCGGGAUCGACGUCAUCGGUAGCAUCGUCGGAUGAUGCCAGCGCUCAGACGCGUCCACUGCGUAAUCUCGUGUCCUACCUGAAGCAGAAAGAAGCGGCUGGCGUUAUAUCCUUACUCAAUAAGGAAACGGAAGCAACCGGUGUGCUCUACUCAUUCCCGCCAUGCGAUUUUUCGACAGAAUUGUUGAAACGAACAUGUCACAACCUCACCGAGGAGGGACUGAAGGAAGACCAUCUGGUAAUCGUGGUAGUCCGAGGAGGAACCGCCUGAGUUGCGGAUGAGGGCGCAGAUAACACAUAAGGUAAGAUGAUGAAUAACGAACUGUAGAAUAAU